GACGCGUCGCGCUGUCCAGGGGUCACGGCCCGCGCGCAGCGCGUCGUGCAAGUUUAAUGGCCUGGGCCAGGACAUUGUUGGACUGACUGCAAGACAGCACCUGCACAACAUCCACAAGUCCAAUUCCCCAAUCCCUUGGUUACUAAAGUGCUUUUUCAAGUCUCCUUGCGACCAAAGUCCUUUUUCAUGAAUCCCAUUGUUCACUUUCGCCCUCUAACUCCCCUUGCUGGAGAGAUCUUGGCCUAAGAGAGACGGACUGUGUGGGCAGCUUGGGCGGCUGAUUGUCCUCGAUUUUCAAACAUGCCCAACACCUCGCUCCGCCGGCCACAGAAAGGCUACCGCCGGGCCGGUAAAUCUGCCUACCAUGGCCCCAAGACACGCACCUUCGCCCCUUCGACCACCCGCCGCGGCGAGGCGACGUCAAUGGACGAGAAGUGGGAGCGGACCGCCCUCGCCCACCGGAUAGACGAGUCGAUGGGCUUCGAGCGCUACGAGUCCGGCCGCAGGCGCGAGGGCUGGCUCGUCAACGUCCAGCCCACGUCCAUUGAGGACGGGCGCGUGCCCGGUGGCGGCGGCCGCGCCGCCCUCGACUGCUACUUCAUCGAGGAGGACGGCUCCACGUUCAAGGCGACGCUCGAGUACGAGCCCUACUUCCUGGUCGCCUGCCGGAAGGGCCACGAGGGCGAGGUCGAGGAGUGGUGCAAGCGCGUGCCGGGCGGCGGCGUGGUUAAGAGCGUGAAGAGGGUCGAGAAGGAGGACCUGCAGAUGCCGAACCACCUGCUCGGCUACCGGCGAACCUUCCUGGAACUCCGGUUCGCGAAUGUCCAGGACUUGUUGUCCGCGAGGAGGGACAUCAUGCCUAUUGCGGAGAAGAAUAGGAAGGGGAUGGACGCGAUGGAUACCUAUGCCGAAGUCGCAACAGCAAAUGCCGGCUUCGACCUUUUUGAUGACGAUUCACGAGAUGACGAGAGACGGCUCAACACUUCGUUUGCCGACGCGAGCGAUUUCCUUGUCGAUAUACGGGAGUACGACGUUCCAUACCAUGUUAGAGUAAUGAUUGAUAUGAAUAUACGGGCUGGAAAAUGGUACUUUGUUGAAGCGAAGCACGGCGUCACGAGCAUUAUUUGCAACGAGGAACGCCUCGCCCCGGCGGAUCCCGUGGUCAUGGCCUUUGAUAUUGAGACGACGAAGCAGCCACUGAAAUUUCCCGACGCAGCAAUGGAUCAGAUCAUGAUGAUAUCGUACAUGAUCGAUGGCCAAGGGUUCCUCAUCACGAACCGCGAGAUUGUGUCGGAGGAUAUUGCGGACUUCGACUACACCCCCAAACCAGAAUACCCGGGACCCUUUAUGACCUUUAAUGAGCCCGAUGAGAAGGGCGUCCUCGAGAGGUUCUUCCUCCACAUCAAGGAAGCUCGGCCCACAGUCAUUGCCACUUACAACGGCGACUUCUUCGACUGGCCGUACGUUGAGACUCGGGCUAGUGUCAAUGGCAUUGACAUGUACCACGAGAUCGGAUGGAAGAAGGACAGCGAGGACCAGUUCAAGUGCAACUAUAGCGUGCACAUGGACUGCUUCCACUGGGUAAACCGAGACAGUUAUCUUCCCCAGGGUAGCCGUGGCUUGAAGGCUGUCACCGUCGCCAAGCUGGGAUACGACCCCGACGAACUCGAUCCAGAGCUGAUGACGCCGUAUGCCAGAGAGCGGCCGCAGACCUUGGCCGAGUAUUCCGUCUCCGACGCCGUUGCGACAUACUACCUGUACAUGAAAUACGUCCACCCUUUCAUCUUCUCCCUCUGUACGAUCCUUCCCCUCGGCGGCGACGACGUCUUGCGGAAAGGCACGGGUACCCUCUGCGAGAUGCUGUUGAUGGUCCAGGCGUAUAUGAAGGAGAUUGUGCUGCCAAACAAGCAUAUUUCGCCAAAGGAAUCCUUCUGGGAAGGCCACCUCUUGGACUCGGAGACUUAUGUGGGUGGCCACGUCGAGAGUAUCGAAGCCGGUGUCUUCCGUGCCGAUAUCCCGGUCAACUUUGCCGUGGAUCCAACGGCUAUCGACGAGCUGCUGCGGGACCUCGACGCCGCACUGAUCUUCAGCAUCACGGUCGAGGAGAAGAAGGCUGUGGAGGAUGUCGAAAACUACGACGAGGUCAAGGAGCAGAUCGCGGCGAAGCUGAGGAGCUUGAGGGAUACACCUAACCGGCACGAGCGGCCCCUAAUCUACCACUUGGACGUUGCGGCCAUGUAUCCGAAUAUCAUGACGACGAACCGUCUGCAGCCUGAUUCCAUGAUCCAGGAGUCCGACUGCGCAGCCUGUGACUUCAACCGGCCGGGCAAGACGUGUGACAGGCGCUUACCUUGGGCCUGGAGAGGAGAGUAUCUGCCCGCAAAGCGAGACGAGUACAACAUGAUCAGACAUGCCCUGGAGAACGAGAGGUUCCCCGGGAAAUACCCCAACAGCCCGAUGCGCACGUUCCAAGAACUGCCUUUGGAGGAGCAGGCCAACCUCACCAGGAAACGGCUCCAGCUCUAUUCGCAAAAGGUCUAUCACAAGAUCCGCGAGUCGACCACUAUCGUCCGAGAAGCCAUCAUCUGUCAGCGCGAGAACCCCUUCUAUAUCGACACGGUGCGAGACUUUCGAGACCGGCGAUACGACUACAAGGGCAAGACAAAAGUUUGGAAAGGGAAGACCGAGUCUCUUAGGUCUGCAGGAGCAUCGUCUUCAGAGAUUGACGCGGCAAAGAAGAUGACCAUCCUCUUCGACUCCCUACAGCUGGCACACAAGGUCAUCCUGAACUCGUUCUAUGGCUAUGUCAUGCGAAAGGGGUCUCGAUGGUACUCGAUGGAGAUGGCGGGUGUCACCUGCUUGACCGGAGCCCACAUCAUCCAGCUGGCGAAGGAAAUGGUGGAACGCCUGGGCCGUCCUCUCGAACUGGACACGGACGGUAUCUGGUGCAUGCUGCCAGCAAGCUUCCCGGAGAAUUUCGCCUUCAGGUUGAAGAAUGGCAAGAAGCUGACAGUCUCGUACCCCUGCGUCAUGUUGAACCACCUCGUCCACGGCAAGUUCACCAACGACCAAUAUCAGACGCUCUCCGAUCCAAAGACGUUCAAGUACGAAACGCACAGCGACAACACCAUCUUCUUCGAGGUCGAUGGUCCGUACAGGGCCAUGAUCUUGCCCACGUCGAAAGAAGAGGACAAGAACUUGAAGAAGCGGUAUGCCGUCUUCAACGAUGACGGCAGCCUGGCCGAGUUGAAGGGCUUCGAGGUCAAGCGGAGAGGAGAGCUGAAACUCAUCAAGAUCUUCCAGCAGCAAAUCUUCAAGUUCUUCCUCGAGGGCACCACGCUGUCCGAAUGCUAUACGGCCGUUGCUAAAGUAGCUAACCAGUGGUUGGACGUGCUCCACAACAAGGGCACGACGCUUGCGGACGAGGAGCUCAUCGAACUCAUUUCCGAGAACCGCAGCAUGAGCAAGACAUUGGAGGAGUACGGGACACAGAAAUCAACGUCCAUCACCACGGCAAAGCGGCUGGCCGACUUCCUUGGCGAGCAGAUGGUCAAGGACAAGGGGCUGAACUGCAAGUUCAUCAUCUCGUCGCGGCCAAAGAACGCGCCGGUGACGGAGCGUGCCGUGCCGGUGGCCAUCUUCUCGGCCGACGAGCAGACGAAGCGAUCUUACCUCAAGAAGUGGCUCAAGGAGGAGCCUGCCGAUACCGACCCGCGCGCCCUGCUGGACUGGGACUACUAUUUGGAGCGUCUGGGCUCCGUCAUCCAGAAGCUCAUCACGAUCCCUGCCGCGCUGCAGAAAGUGCGCAACCCAGUCCCGCGCGUGCCGCAUCCGGAGUGGUUGCAGCGCCGCAUCAACGUCAAGGACGACAAGAUGAAGCAGAAGAAGCUGACGGAUCUGUUCGGGGCUGCCACCAAGGGCGGCCCUCUCGAGGACAUCACGAACAUCAACACGAGCCCGCGAAUGGGCGAUAUGGAGGACUUUGGAAGCAAGCUGCUCAAGCCCAAGACCAUUGGCGCCGCCAUAUCGGCGUCACAGAAGGCACCGGCCACUCAGAAGAGGAAAUCGCCGGAGCCCACAUCGGCGGAGAGCCAAGAUCCAGCAGCAGCACUGCCAGAGAAAAUGCCGUCACCGAGCGAGGAUUACCCUGCCUUCCUGGAAUAUCAGAAGCUGAAGUGGAAGCUGCAAAAACAAGCCAGGAUAAGGCGGCGGCAUCUCUUCGGCGAGCGGCGAGGCAACGCGCAGAAUAACAUUCAGCAGACGUUCCGGAACCAAGCUGAGAUGACGUUCAGGAACACGUGGCAACUGCUGCAGUUGAAGACGUCAGACACGCCCGGCACCGUCAUCGCGUACGUGCUGAUAGACGCCAAGAUCCACGCCUUGAAGAUCCAGGUCCAGCGCCAGGUCUUCCUCAACCUGAAGAACAAGGAGCUACCGGACAUUGAGAUCGACGGGUGCAUCGUGGAGCAAGUCAACCACACGCUCCCCAACGGACACCCGUCUGUCCAUCUCUUCAAGCUGACGGUGCCCGAGGAGACGUACUUCGCCGAGGCGGAGAAGUUCUCACUCCUAUUCAACCACCCAAGCGUCGAGGGGGUGUACGAGAAGCAGCUGCCCUUGAACAUCCGGGCCGUGCUUCAGUUGGGAAGUCUCUGCACCAUUGAUGAGAGCCAGCCGGGAGUGCUUGGCAGGGGCUUGGAACAGGGGUUCGACCUCUCCUCCCUCAAGCGACCAGCCAAACGGAAGACUUACCUCGAGGCUUCCAACAUGGCGUACAUCUAUCUCUCCCAUAUCAGCGCCGGCGAUCGUCAAAUCUUUGGCAUCUUCUCUACGACCAGCGACCAAGCUCAUGUCGUGAUUCUUCACAAGAAUAAGGAGAGCGGAAAAGAGCUGCCAAACAUCUCCAAGCUGUACUCGGACCUCCUGGAUCGGCGGAAGGAAGAAGAGGAUGGGAAUGCCUGGCAAGAAUGUUUCCCGUAUCAGGACAAGCUGGCCUUCAAGAUCUCUCAAAUCACCACGCGGCGCAAGGCGUUCCUUGAAAUCGGAGACAUUGUCAGAAAGAUGAAGAAGGACGAGCCACGGCCGACCUUGAUGGUGAUCCAGUCAUCGCAGCGGAAUCUCCUCGUCCACGACAUUCCCAUCCUGGGCGAAUUCCCCGUCUUGCCGCUUAAGUACGACCAGGCCGACAGCUCCCUCCCUCCCCUGGGUUGGCAGCUGGUUGUUGCUCGCCGACUAGUCAAUCACUACCUCGGCCUGGGCUCCUGGAUCAUGCACAUGACCGCCCUGGCCCGCUAUGGCGACGUCCCGCUCUGCAACCUCGAGCGAGAUGAUCCGCGAUUCCUGAUCGACGUGGCGUAUGCGCGCCGGCUCCAGGCGAACAACGUGGUGCUAUGGUGGUCGCCGUCUCCGCGGCCAGACCAUGCCGGCUACGAGAAGGACGACGUUGUCGGCCCGCUGGAGACGGUCCAGAUGCCUUCGGUCAACACCCCUGGCACCUACGCGUCGGUUUGCAUCGACAUUGACGUUCGCAAUCUCGCCAUCAACACCAUCCUGACGUCGUCCCUGAUCAACGAGCUCGAGGGCGGCUCUGAGAGCAUCUCGUUCAACCCGGCAUCCGACACCACGGGUGCUUCGGACGGGAACGAGGUCCUCUACUCGGAGAACGCCUUCGCCAACGCGGGCGUCCUCGUGCUCCGGGAGAUGGUCAAGGCCUGGUGGGCGGAGGCGUGCAGGGGCUCCACCAUGGCCGACGUCAUGGUGCAGCACCUCGUGCGCUGGGUCGAGUCGCCCGCGUCGUGCCUGUACGACCACGCGCUGCACUACUACGUCCAGAUGAUGAGCCGCAAGGCGCUGCUGCAGCUGAUGGCCGACUUCCGCCGCGUGGGCAGCCAGGUCAUCUUCGCCAGCUCGAACCGCCUCCUCCUGCAGACGACCAAGGCCGAGGUGGGCACGGCGUACGCGUACGCGCAGUACAUCCUCAAGAGCAUCAAGGGCAAGCCGCUGUUCCACUUCAUUGACCUCGAGAUCAAGGAGUACUGGGACUACCUGGUGUGGUACGACGAGUUCAACUACGGCGGCAAGGCGUGCCAGGAGGUGGCCGAGCGGGACGAGCAGGACCUGCAGAUGAUCAUGCACUGGCAGAUGGCAACGUUCCUGCCCGCGCGCCUGCAGCCCGUGUUCAGCGACUGGGUCGUCGAGUUCGUCCAGCUGAUGCACGGCAUCAAGCGGCCCGCGACGGGGAGCGACCCGACGGCGACCCCGCGGCUGACGCAGCUUCCGAUCCGCGGCUCCGGCAGCAACAACAAUAACACCGACAACAACAACGCCGGCCUGGGCGAGGGCGACGACGGCCAGAUCAUCCUCGGCAAGGCGUUUGAGCGGCCCCUGAAGAAGGAGAUCGCCGCCCUGCUCAACACGCAGAAGCGCGAGAUGCUGCACCCGGAGCUGGCAGGCGACUACGCCUUCCCGCAACUCCCCGGGUCGCACCUGGCGCACCUCUCUCCGGGGGGUGGUGACGGGGGGCCAAGUGGCAGCAGCAUGAAGAAGAAGGGCAAGACUGGCGGCGGGCGGGCGUCGGCCAACCCGGUGCUGGAGCUCGUCAAGUGCCUGAUGCAGGUGCUCAGCCUGGACAAGAACAUCACGCUCGAGGCGCGGCUGCUGCGCAAGGAGCUGCUGGUCAUGUUCGACGUGCGCGAGUUCAGCCGCGACGGCGCGUUCCAGAACCCGUCUGAGAGCCUGCGGCUGGAGCAGCUGAGCUGCGAGAACUGCACCAUGGCGCGCGACCUCGACCUGUGCCGCGACGAGGACCUGCUGCUGCUGACGACGGAGGGCGAGGGGAAGGCCAAGGCCGCGGCGUGGAGGUGCGGGUUUUGCGACGGCGAGUACGACCGCAUCGAGGUCGAGGAGAGGCUCGUCGCGUCGGUGGAGGCGCUGGUGGUGGAGUGGGCGACGCAGGACCUCAAGUGUCGCAAGUGCGGCGCCCCGAGGGUCAACGAGUUCAUGGAGCACUGCACUUGCAGCGGCGGCUGGGGCGAGAGCGUCGGGCGGGAAGGGAUCGUCGCGAGGCUCGGGGUGUACCGGAACGUGGCAAGGUUCUACGGGCUGAGGAUGCUGGGGGAUGUUGUUGAGGGGGUGUUUGCGGGGCUUUGA